GUGGGGAUGCUAAGGGCGCUGGGCAGUCCCAGGGCGAUGGUGGCCACCCAGGGGCUGGGGACACUCGGAGGCAUCAGAGGGGCCGUGCUGAACACCGGAGACACACCAUCACCAACGGCGUGGACUUCAGCAUGCUGAAGCACAUGAAGGAGCUGGAGCAGGAGAAGGAUGUGCUGCUGCAGGGGCUGGAGCUGGUGGAGCGCGCCCGGGAGUGGUACCACCAGCACAUCCAGUUCAUGCAGGAACGCCAGAGGCUCCUGGGGAAGAACAAAACCAGUACUGAAUUCCUCCCUGAGGGCAGCCAGAGCCACCUGGGACGCCUGGUCCCCAAGCUGCAGGAGGUGAACCGCUGCCUGGGUGACCUCCUUUCCAGCGCUGGCAAGGAGGUGACCGACAAGAGCGAGCGCAUCACGCAGCUGGAGCAGGAGAAAUCUGCCCUCAUCAAGCAGCUCUUUGAGGCCCGUGCCCGCAAUAACCAUGAAACGAGCCAGCUGGACUCCACCUUCAUCUAA